GUAUUUUAUUUGUAAUUAUUAAUAUAUAGUAAUUUAUAAUUUUAAUGGAACUAUAUAUUUAUAUAAAUUUUUCUAAAAAUAUUAUUUUAUUAUAUUAUCAAUUUAUGUCAUAUUUUGAAUCAGUCCAACUCAGAACCGAAAAAAUUAAUUAAUUUAUUAAAUAUUAAUUUAUAAAGUUUAUGUAGUAAUAAUAUUUAUGAUAUAAUUAAGUAGUGGAUUUAGUUAAUUAUUCAUUCUAGUUAUAAAAAAAAUAUUAAUUCUUCAGCUUUACCUUUGAGCUAGGGCUUUGAGAAGAUUUAUCCUAGCCUCCUCUAUAUAAACAGAAGGCUUCUUGAUCACAACGCAACCAUCAGAGUUUCUGAGAAGUUCAUCUUUUGCUCAAGUUAGAAAAACUAGGAAAGAGUUUGAUUAGAUAUGUGGAACCAAAGGCCGAGUUAUAGGUUUGAGAUAGAUAACUUCUCGGAGAAGAAAGCUCUCAUAUCGUCGAAGACAUUCGUGAGCGGCGGAUGCGAAUGGUAUCUUCAAAUUAAUCCCAAGGGAGAUCGUAUUUCUGAUGGUCACUUGCCUUUGUACCUCUACGUUGCAAAUUCUACAACGUUGCGAACUGGAUGGAAAAGGAGUGCUAACUAUUACUUUGUUUUGUUGAAUCAAUCCGACAAAGAACUCCACAGAUCACCAAUUUCACUAUCAACCAACUUGUUUUGCGCUAAGACUCCAGCAUGGGGUUUCGCGAAGACCAUACCUGUAAGCAAAUUUCAAGGGAAAGGGUUUUUGGAGAAGGACAGACUCAUCAUUGAAGUCCACAUUAAAGUUAUUGAAGCUUUUGAUGGAGAAGGUGGAGAUGUAUCCAACAACAAGAAGAAGAAGACUGUUGACAUCAACGGUUUUCAAGUUUUUGCUUCUCAGGUUACUAAAGUGGGAAAGAUAUUCACAGAGCAUCCAGACAUUGCUUUAGAUUUCAAACCAACGAAACAAGAGGUGAAGACAGCAUACAUGAAUGUCCUCCUCAGGGUCAUUAAAACACUCAAUAAGCCUCCAAAGAGCCUUUCAGAGACUAGACUUAACAAGGCUAGCAGCGAGUUGAGUGAGCUGAUGGACGUAGGUUUCAAGCUGGACUGGUUGAAGUCAAAGCUUGAGGAGGUUUCUUUGGAGAGGAAGAAACCAGAUGUUGAUGGGUAUCAGGUCCAACAACUCGAGGAACGUGUCAAGCAUCUUCAGCUGAAGCUUGAUGAGGUUUCUUUGGGGAAGAAUUUAUCAGAUGAUGAUAAUGAGUCUCGUUCCCAAGAAGUAGAGAAACGUGUCAAGCAUAUUGAGCUGAAGCUUGAUGAGGUUUCCUUUGUGAGGAAGUUAUCAGAUGAUGAUAAUGAGUCUCGUGCCCAACAAGUAGAGGAGCGUGUCAAGGAUCUUGAGCUAAAGCUUGAUGAGGUUUCCUUUGGGAGGAAGUUAUCAGAUGAUGAUAAUGAGUCUCGUGCCCAACAAGUAGAGGAACGUGUCAAGAAUCUUGAGCUGAAGCUUGAUGAGAUUUCCUUGGGGAGGAAGAAAGGAGAUGAUACUAAUGAGUCUCGUGCCCAACAAGUAGAGGAGCGUGUCGAGGAUCUUGAGCUAAAGCUUGAUGAGGUUUCCUUUGAAAGGAAGUUAACAGAUGAUGAUAAUGAGUCUCGUGCCCAACAAGUAGAGGAACGUGUCAAGAAUCUUGAGCUGAAGCUUGAUGAGGUUUCCUUGGGGAGGAAGAAAGCAGAUGAUACUAAUGAGUUUCGUGCCAAACAAGUAGAGAAACGUGUCAAAAAUCUUGAGUUGAUGGAAUUGGAACUUAAUAAGUGUUGGAAGCCGAAGCUUGAUGAGUUGGAGGGUAAGAAAACUGAUGAUGCUAUUAUUUUUGAACAAAUCGAGGAUCGUGUCAUGGGUAUAGAGUUCAAGCUGGACAGCUUGAAUACAAAGCUUGAAGAGAUCUCCAAAGAGACGGAGAAAGCUGAUGAUGCUGAUUGUUCUCUGGUCCAACAACUCGAGGAAAGCGUCAAGAACAUUGAGUUGAUGGUCUCGCAUCUCAAAGAUGAACUUGACAAGAAAAAGAACAUAGCUUCUGAUGAUGGUUUCUUGUUGGUCGACUAGGUUUCUUGACGUAGAGAUCAUAUUAUUAGUUUAUUAGGUCUUCUUUAGAAGACACUACUAUGUUGGUCGACUCGGUUCCAACAACUUUAGGAAAGCGUCAAUAACAUUGAGCUGAUGGUGUUGUGUCUCAAAGUUGAACUAGACAAGAAGAAGGGCAAAUCUACUGCUGAAGGGUUUUUGUUGGUCGACUAAGCUUAUAAAAGCACGAAUGUCUUUUCAUUUUUCUCGUUUUCUGGUUUUUAGUUUUGCACUGUGAAACCCUAUAGUCUAGAGAUUUGACAUAAUCAAAAGUGUUUUUUUUUCGUUCUGAUUUAAUCUCAAAAUUGACCCAACAAAUCGAUUUUUUUUCCAUAGCUAACCAAAUUUUCACAUUUGAUUUCUACCUGACAUUAAUUUAUAUAUAUAUGGGAAACUAAUUAUAUCAUAUAUUUUGGAUAUUAGGAAAAUAAAAUCUAUGAUUAUAAUAGUUAUACUUUUUUGAAGAAAAAAAAUAUAUUUAUUUUUGUAUAAUUAAGUAGUGGAUUUAUUUUUUAAUUUUUUUAGCAAAAAAAAGUAGUGGAUUUAGUUAAUUGUUUGCUCUUCAGAUUACCUUCUGAGCUCUAGGGCUUGAGAAGUUUUGUCCUAGCCUCCUUUACAUAAACAGAGGGAUUCUUUAAUCUUUAUAGGAAAUCUACAAAAAGAUAAUAGUUAUAGUUUACUAAAAAAAUAGUAAAAAUAAAUUAAUUUUGGUCUAACUAAGUAGUGGAUUUGUUUAAUUAUUUAUUCUUCAGUUUUACCUUUUCUGCAACUAGGGCUUUGAGAAGUUUUAUCCUAGCCUCCUCUAUAUAAACAAAGGGCUUCUUUACCACCGAACGUAACCAAGCAGAUAGAGCUUUUGAGAAGUUCGUCUUUUGCUCGAAUAAAGAAAAAAAAAAACUAGGGAAAGGUUUGGAUAGAUAUGUCGAAUCGAAAGCCGAGUUUUAGGUUUGAGAUAGAUAACUUCUCGGAGAAGAAAGCCAAUGCCAUAUCGUCUAACACAUUCAAGAGCGGCGGAUGCGAAUGGUAAAACGAAAACAAUCGGAUUUUUAACUUGCUUUGUUAAACCCUGUGUCUUGAAUCAUAUUCAUAUUAUCUCAGGUUUUUAGCUGUUUAUCCCAAGGGAGAUCGUCUUGCUGAUGGUCACCUGUCUUUGUACCUGCAAGUUGCUAAUGAUACAACGUUGCAACCUGGAUGGAAAAGGAGUAUUAACUUUUACGUUGUUUUGUUGAAUCAAUCAGGCAAAGAACUCUACAAAACCGGUAAUGAAGUUUUAUUCCUUUUUGUGCAACCAAGUUUUGUCAAUGUUUGAAUCUUUAGUUUGUGUUUGGGACGUAUAAUAAUAAGAUCUCUUUUGAAGUUAAUUAGCUAUUUAGGACCAUAAUAAUCAUAUCUCUUUGUUGCUAGCUGCGACAGGAUAUAAGCCUAAACUCAUUCUUUUUGAACAAAUUGCAAUUGGUGAAUAAGUUUAUUGUAUUUUUUUUUAUGUUUCAUAGGUUUAGGACAAAGCAGCUUUUGCGCUGAAAAUCCAGCAUGGGGUUACAGGAAGACCUUGCCUCUAAGCAAAUUUCAGGAAGAAGGGUUUUUGGAAAAGGACAAACUCAUCAUUGAAGUCUACAUAAAUGGAGGAGAAGUUGAAGAUGUAUCCAACAAGAAGAAGACUGUUGACAUCAACGGUUUUCAAGUUUUUGCUUCUCAGGUAAGUUAAGUGCAUGUGUUUUUUUGAAUAACCACUUGCUUUAUAGUGUAAUAUAAACAUAUUUUUUUCCAUGGCAGGUUACUAAAGUGGGAAAGAUAUUCACAGAGCACCCAGACAUUGCAAAAGAUUUCAAACCAACGAAACAAGAAGUGAAGACAGCAUA